AUGGCGAUGGCCGCGCGGCCACCAACGCCUUUACAGGACGGAUACGGCCCGAUUCCGCAUCCCGGUGGUUCAAUCCUUAUGGGCAGCAGAGAUUCCUAUGUUCGUUCAGGAUCUAGGCCGAACUCCUUUGUCGCCAGCAACUCCGGUUACAACGUGGCACACGGGGCCCUCAUUGACCCCAUGCCCAACCCCCACAACGGUCGAUUUCACGAGGACUUUGAUGCCGCCAGCCAGCGUGGCUCCGUUGUUCUUGACGGUCCGUCCGGGUCGACUAUGCAACGCUCCGUUUCGCAAAUGUCGACUCAGUCUCGUUCCGCUGCGCCCUCCCGAUCGGGUACUCUGAAAAAGAAAUCGUCGCUCAGUAAACGAGGCAGUAUGCGCCGCAGUGGCAGUCGGAGAAGUCUUCGCGCUGGAAGUGUCAGGAGUCUCAGCUUGGGCGAUAAGGAGAAGUAUGGAGUCGAGGGCGCAGACGAUCCAAACAGCGCUUUUCACAUUCCCAUCCCGACUGAUGGCAGUCCGACCGAUGUUUUGGCAAAUCGCUUUCAGGCGUGGCGCCGGACGUUGAAGGAUCUCAUCCUCUUCUUCAAGGAAGUCCAAAAAUCCUACGAAACCCGAUCGAAGCUAUUCCUCUCCGCCUCCAAUGUGAUCAACAACACGGUCGCCCCUCCCACGUUUCUCAAAUCCGGUGGGAUUUCAGAUGCGACCGAGGUUUUGCGGGACUUUCACCGACAAGGAUACAUGGAAGCCAACAAGGCUGCCGAGGUGGAAAACGAAGUUGUCAACCAGCUCAUGGGUCUGCGCAAUGAUCUGCAAAAGAAGACCAAGGAGAUCAAAAACCUUGCUGGCGAUUUUCGAAACUCUGUGGAUAAAGAGAUGGAAGGCACUCGCAAGAGCGUUCGCAACCUGCACGAAGCCUUGGGCCUGAUUGACACCGACCCGUCCGCAACUUCAGGUAAAGGCGAUCCCUUCAUCGUCCGUCUCGGUGUGGAUAAGCAGAUCGAAAAGCAAAUCGAGGAGGAAAAUUAUUUGCAUAGGGCAUUUUUGAACUUGGAGCACUCCGGUCGCGAACUCGAAUCCAUUGUUGUGAGCGAAAUCCAAAAAGCCUACAACGCCUAUGCCAGUAUCCUCAAACGUGAAGCCGAGCAAGCAUACGAUACGGUGGAGAAACUCCGAGCGGGGCCCAUCACAAUGCCGCAAGAUCACGAAUGGAACUCGUUCAUCGCCAAUACCGACGAACUGGUUGACCCGCGAGUUCCCCUCCGCAACGUGGAGAAUAUCACCUACCCAGGCAGGGAUCAUCCUGCUGCAGCUGAAGUCAGAUCCGGCAUGUUGGAACGCAAGAGCAAAUAUCUCAAGAGCUACACCCCCGGCUGGUAUGUUCUCUCGCCGACUCAUCUCCACGAGUUCAAGUCCGCCGAUCGAGUGGCAUGGCAAACGCCAAUGAUGUCAUUGUACCUCCCCGAACAAAAGCUGGGUUCACACUCGCAACCAGACUCGACAUCGCAUAAGUUCAUGCUCAAGGGACGCCAGACUGGAACGAUGCAUCGAGGACACUCGUGGGUGUUCCGCGCCGAGUCUCACGACACAAUGACCUCGUGGUACGAGGACAUUGAAAGCUUGAUAUCGAAAACGGGCGAAGCACGAAAUGCUUUCGUUAGACGACAUGUCCGGACUGUGAGCGGUACCAGCUACCAAACGGGUUCUGCCAGCAGUGACGGAGUCAUGGAUGAGGAUGAAGCUGACCGAACGCCAUACUCGGCAGGCUCCACCAUCAUGAAUCACGAGCGACCAACAUCCGAACCUCGUCAACCUGGUGGGCGUUUCCCAAGUGACGUACAAAUUGAUCGACACCUUGACGAUGCGCCUUUGUCCCCAUCCAGCGGUGACAGCUCUGGAGAAAAGGACCUUUUGGGGGCCGUGGGGUCGGGGUCACUUCCUGAUGGCGUGCCCUUCAAAGACGGAAACCACUCAGAUCACGAUAUAGAUGCAGGUCAGAGCAGGGCCAUAGAUGGUGCUCAGAAUGGUCAAGUUGAGAGAUAUGACAGCUAUUACGGUGGCUGGAUGGGAUCGUCUGCCCAGCAGCAGCAGCAAGCUCAACAAUACAACCCUUCCAACGAUGGAAAACGAAUCUCCCAAUCCGAACGGGGCGCAGCCUCGCAUCCUAAUAUUCUCCUCGCUGGUGUCAAAUACAACGGUUCCCGCGAUUCCUCAGUGGUAGCUUCACGAAAUCGACGAGGCAGCGCAUCCACCGCGCCCACAACCACAAACGGAACAGAUCACACAAACCACACCGUUCCAACGUCAAUCGACGAAGCGCAAGACGCGCCUGCCGCUGUUCUGGCCGGCUCCUACCGUCAGCAACCUUCCGACGCGUUGAAAGAAGAACAACACUUUGCCGGUUUCGACGGUCCUCCGGUCAUGGCAUCAUCAUCAAUGACCACCCCGAGAAGCCUUGCAUCGAACGAUGAGGGUCUAAGACGUCCUACGCCCGGACAGCCAAAGGGUAGCGUUUCGACUCUCGAAUUGAAAAUCCCCGGUCAUUAUCCCCCGACCAAUGUGGCCGCAUGA